UUUCUGAUUACAGUACCUUCAAACAAGCACCUCGCAUACGAAUGCCUGAAGGCGGCGAUUUUGUGGCCAUUUGUAGAGGUCUUAAUGGAAUAAUAAGAGUGCGUGAGUGCCACACCCUGGCGUCUAGGUUAUUGUCACGCGCUGCAGCUUCUGCGUUCCUCGUCGCACAAAUUGUACAACUGCUAGUGAAAAAAACAACUAUCUUCGCGAAACACCCUUGAGGAAUUGCAAAUUUGCGUGUGGGAGCGUAUAUAAGUUUCUUCUUUCUUUCCUUCUUUAACACAUUGAAAAGGCCAAGAUCGUGAAACAGAGCCUAAGUUUGCGAUUCCAGUGAACAAGCAGCAUUCAGGCGAUCCCAAUGGUUGAAAUAAGGAUGCUGAAAUCAGCGAGUUGAGUUAUAAGAAAAACUAUUUGAAGUGACCGCGUCAACAUCGUGGCUGUCUAGGCAAUGUUUAAACGUGAAAGACCCAGUUGGCUUGGCCGUGGAGGAAGAGUGACGCAGGUGAUUGACAGCUGUCAUGGCAGAGGAAACGCAGCAGGGCCCGUACGUGUCCUGCAUCAAAAGCUUUGGCAGGCCCAUUCUGCCUCCUCUGAUGACCGACGAGAAGCGGCUGCUCAUGAGGCACUUCAAGGCACUCGCCUGCGAGCGGGAGGCGGCACGUGCGAAGCGCAAGAGGGAAGCGUUUCUCCUCACCUUGGGUGAGGCUGACCUCGAGGUCGAUGUCAGCGAGGACAGCAGCCUCGACAUGGCGCACACCGCACCGCCAUCUUUGGCAGCUGCGGACAGUGGAGCAUCUCUGAUGUUGCCCGUCGUGACAAAGCUAGAGAGAGAUGUACGGUGGGCUGCGUCGGACACUCCCGAGACUGGCUCCUCGGCCACCCUGGUGCCCAGCAGCUCGGACUCGGAGGAUGACGGCACCAGCACGGCUGACUCUGCACGCAGCAAGCAUGAUGAGGAUGAGGUAGCAGGUCAUCAAGAGGACGAGACCAGGCUGUCCCCAGAAAAGGAUUUAGUGCCCGGUACCCAGGUUGGGCCAGCGGAGGUGCCCGUAACAUUGACAGAGACGACACCAGCGAUGCCUUCGACUGCAACUACACCGAAGCAGUACCUACAGGCAGUACCUACAAUGAUGCCAGUGAUAAUGCCAAUGACACUGUCGGACAUGACAAAGGAGAUGACACUGGCAGCAAAACAGGUGACAACGGUAACAACACCGACAACGAUGCCACUGACAACGCGACCUAAAGAACCAGUGAUGACAGCGACAACACAAGUGACAUCACCAUCAGCUGCGACACUAGAAACGGUGCCAAUGACAACGCCACCUAAGACUCCAAUGAUGACAGCAGUGGCAACACAAACGUCAGCCACAACACCAAUGAUACCGCCGCCUAAAAUGCCAGUGACAACACAAGGGGCGUCAGCCGCAACACUAACUACAAUGGCAGUGACAGCACCCCUUUCAUCGCCAAUCAGACAAGAAUGCUUCCCAACCAAAGUGUCAGUGCCCUCACUGUGCCGAUCACGGUCGUUUGUUGUUGAGAGUCCAUCCCUGGCCCAGCUACUGCUGAGAGGACUGCAUCGAGAUGGUCGUGACUGUGCGAAUGGAACCGAUGCCAAGAUUGUUCAGCCAUGCAACUCCCCGACUAAGGAUUCAUUCUAUUUGAAACCUCGCAGCAGUGAGAGACAUACGUAUGCCACAAGGGCGGGAGAACGAACUCGCAAAAAAGAAGGCCUCAAUAUUUCAAAAACCUUCAUCAAAGCUGAUCAUAAAGUGGACAGUUCAAGUGUUAUCUCACAGGUGACAGAUGACGCUGCUGACGAAAGUAGUCACCGAUUAGGUGAUGUCAUCAAACCUCAGAAGAACUCUGUAUGUGAGUCAGCGGGAGAGCAACACGACCUUGCUUCUUGUCGCAAUGAUCCGGACAUUCGUGCUCAUGUAGAUGAAAACACCGAAGACACUAGAGUAUCCCCUAUAAUUGUGAAGCCCACAGCUUUACAAGUGCCUGCGUCACCUGACAGAAUUGAACAAGCGUCAACAUUCCUGGGCAAGUGUGACAGUGUCAAUGCGCACUGGAUUUCUCGUGUCUUCAGGGACACUCUGAAAAGUUUUGCCAAGACGAAUCGUCUUCCCACCCAUAAGACACCCGACAGCAGUUUCAACGUUCCUUUCGACAACUCGUCCAAAGUGACUGGACGUGUCGUGCCUUGGACUUCCUCUGCACUUGAUGUGGUAGCUGUAACCAAAGAUUAUGCAUCUGUGAAAGACGGUGCUGUCGACAAUACUUUGCACAACAUACCUAAUGUACCCGGGGAUGAUUCAGCAGAGGAGACUGUAGCAGAUGACGUGUUUACUGAUGCUCUCGAUGACAAAUGGGCUGAACUUUCGUCUGCUUCGUUACCUGGAUUUUUUACCAAAGACAAUGCUGCGACUGCUCGUACCUUGCCAAUGUUUGGCAAGACUUUUUUUAGUGACUGGGACCGAGGAGAUGCUAGUUUUGCGCCAGUAUCACCGAGCUCCAACAGACGCUCUAUCUGUUCCUCUAUUAGCAGCAUCCAAUCGUCGUUUGGUGCAGAACAUGAUGUUCUGGCACUUACUCUCAACUCUUCAGGUGACGUUGAGGAGGAUGAAGAACAGUAUGAAGAUGCGGAUGGACAUCGUGAUGACCAAGCAAAUUCUUCUGCUGAGCUGAGUGGCUCUUUAGAAAAUAGUGGAAGCUCAUUGGAUGAGUCAUCUGCAAGUUCUGGCUGUGAACACCUAAAAUCUCUCAAUCAACGCAUGUCAGAAGACGACAUGCUUGCUGCCCAGGAGCUGAAGUUGCAGACUCUGUGCCAGACUCUUGCACAGGACUACACCAGGGACAACCGGAGUACCUUUGCAAUAUUGCGGGAAGGGGCUGUUUCCAUGGUAUUGGGAGAGGAGUCUUGGGCAGACGACGACACGCCACUCGAAGCGCAGACAGCAGGUUCAAUAUCGCCUCCCAGGUUGUGUGCUCCCGCUCAUACCCUUGUCACCGCUGCUCGGCUGCCUGAUCACCCUGCAGGUGCGGACGGGCACAGUCCUGGCCGCAGUCAUUCUGGCCACAGUCCAUCAGGCCACAGUCCAUCAGGCCACAGUCCAUCAGGCCACAGUCCAUCAGGCCACAGUCCUUCUGGCCACAGUCCUUCUGGCCACAGUACUUCUGGCCACAGUACUUCUGGCCACAGUCCAUCAGGGCACAAUCCUUCUGGCCACAGUCCAUCUGGCCACAGUCCAUCAGGCCACAGUCCAUCAGGCCACAGUCCAUCAGGCCACAGUCCAUCUGGCCACAGUCCAUCAGGCCACAGUCCAUCAGGCCACAGUCCAUCAGGCCACAGUCCAUCAGGCCACAGUCCAUCAGGCCACAGCUCUUCUGGCCACACAAGCCUACCGGCGGACCUGUCCAUGUUGAGGCACUCGAACGAGGACCACUCUCGAGUGGACUCGUCGCUGGCCAGCACGUCCAUUCACCUAGACUUGCUGUCGGAAACACGACAGUCCCUGCACCCCAGAUGGCGCCGGUGUUUUGACCGACUGACAGCCAUGGCUAGGGGCCACCUGACUCGGAGGCUGAUGAAGACACACCGCGUGCAGUCAAUCAUCCAGACCAUCAAGGACACAUUGGAGUGUGCGUUGCGUCUGCACGAGGAGCCACACAUCCGCAGUGGACUGGUGACUCCGCAGGACGUCGAGCUGCACCAGAGGCUCAUCACGCAGCUCACGUCAGCGUGCCACGAGCUCCAUAACGUCUUCUUCAACAUUCCGGUUGCCGAGAGGAUGCAGUUGAUCACCCAGCUGCGUUCACAGAAGGCUCAUCCUCCCGUGAGAAUCGUCAAGGGCUGCACGGAGCAGGCACCGAAGAAGAUCUCCUUGGCCACAAAGAAGGUGCUCGAGAGACGGCUCUCCAAGCUGACUGGACGAGGCCGGAGCCUGAAAGUGGAGGUCAAGCGGCCGACCGCAGUUGUCCGAUCCCAGACCUUCAUUGCGGCUGCUCCGGCUGACACGUGUCACGCGGCUGGAGCAGCACCCUCAGGGACCACCCGCAAGAUCUGUCGCCUACCAAUGUACAAAGUCUGAUGUCAAGUUGUCUUGAGCGUCCGCAGCCUGAUUUUUUUCAGCUGCAGUGAUAUUUUGUCUUUGCAAUGCCUUGCCAAAUGUGCCUUUCAGUUGUUAUUUGAUGGCCAGCGGUUUGCAACCAUGCUCCAAAGUUAAAGGAUCAAAGAGUGCUCGCAUGGCAGAUCUUUUGAUCGUGACCCGCCAGUCAUGUCGCAGAUACUUUUAGUUUCACAGAGUAAAAUUGUGCGCUUAAUUUCAGCUCUCCAAUGUGAUAAUGAAAAUUUGCCUAUUUUACAUCAUUCAAAUGUGAUGGCUGGUUUCCAAGCCUUUUGCAUGUUCAGUCAUGUGUUGGCCUUAUAUGCGUUCAUUAGAGAGUUUUAGUGUGUCCGGUAAUAGCAGGCAUUCUGGGUGUUUUGCCAGAUGGGUGGAGGCGUAAGAGUGAGCGGCUGGAGUGUCGCCAGUCACCUGGUGGCACAGAGCUCAACCUGACAAACACAGAGCUUGCAGUAACUAAAUGUGUUAUUUUUGGCUGCUGGUGUAAGUUUUCACAUCGGUGUAAGUGUGCCACGGUUCUGCGCAGCCAGAAAUCUGCACCUGCAGCGAAGUAGAAUAAAUACACUUGGUUGACGCAUUAGCUCAGUGUUUGUCUGGUUGAGCUCUGUGCCACCAGGUAGAACCACCUGUCAAGCCGAUCAUGUUUAUGCCUCCCGCCCAUCCGGUAAAAUGUCCAGUCUGCCUGGGUUUACCGGAAGACCGGGUAAACUAAAACUAUCUAUUAUUUUUCUUCACACUUACUUUUUGAAGCUUUUUGCUGAAUAAAAAUUUCAAACUGAAA